AUGGACGAGUUCGGCGGACUCCCAUACACCGACGAGGCGGCCGCUGCUGCUCAGGAGGCUCAGGCUGCUCAGGCCGCCGAGGCUUCCAACUCGAUGGACGUCGACCACCCGAUGCUCGACCGGGCGCUUGACGACUACAACCCCCGCCAGCGCCGGCGGUCUCCGAGAGAACCGUCCGAGCCUAUGCCGGAGCACGUCCAGAGCCUUCUCGGACGCAUGGGAAAGGGAAAGGUUUACCUUAUGGACGAGUCGCCGGGCAUUAUCCAUCACGAUGGCGAGCUGCGUCUCAGCCGCGAUCCGGUGCUGAGGAAGCUUGCGCGCGAGCUCGACAAGCAGGACCCGACGCAAUGGCUGACGAUGGUCUCUGAGUCCGCCUCCAGCCCGAUCCGACCGAACGCGCUCUUCGUUUCGUCGACGCUGAUCGAGCACAUGUCGACGGCCAAGAUCUUCACCUGGGCCUCCGAGCUUGGCGCGAAGCCGAUGGGAAUCGAGUGGCUGAACGACACGACUCUGAUCCUUCUCUUCCAGACGCCAGCUGCUGCCCUGCUUGGCCUCUCGCUGCUGUCCAAGGCCGGUUUCGACCCGACAGAGGGCGACGACCCGCUGCUCGAGCGCUCCGCCCACGGUUUCCCCAUCAGUCUCCUCCCGCGCGCCGAGGCGCGGAGAGAGGAUCGCGAGCGCGACCGCGGUUCGCGCGAGGACAGGGAGGCGGAGCGACGACGCGAACUUGACCGACAGCUCGACGAAGAGAUGAAGGCGUACCGGAGAGAGACGGGGCAGGCCGAGCCUGCGGCCGAGGAGCCGAAGAUGGCGGCAGACAAGCUCGAGGCUGAGGAGGAGCCGGUACGCCGCCGAGGCCGCGGCGCCUUCACGGCCGACACUGGCGCGUUCGACGAUGCGCCGGCGCACCCGCAAUUCGCAGAGGGCGUCGACCCCUAUGCGCGCGUGACGGUGCGGUAUGCGCUGGAGGGCGACAAUGCGAAGCGCAAGGGCGCACGCGACUCGGCGUGGUACGCCAAGCACGGCCGCGGAGCCGGCAAGGAGGUCGCGCCCCGCAGGGGAUAUCGGGACGAGCCGCGAAGCCUUGCCGAUCGCGUCGGGACGAGGGGAGAGGGACGCGAUCUCUCGCGCCGCAUCAGACCGUAUGACCGCGAUCGCGAGCGCGCAGACCGUGGAGACAGGGGAGACAGGCGGAGUCGCGUUGCCGACCUCGAUGCCGACCUGGACCGUAUGCGCGUCGGACGGAGCCGCCGCCCGCAGCGGAAUAAGGAUGACCUGGACCGAGAACUUGACGAGAUGUUUGCGUCCAGGAAGGACGAGUGA